CAGACUCUCUUCAUGAAGCUUCUCAAAGUUUGAUGCUAUUAAAGGCAAAAGGCUCAGCCUCUAAACAGUGAUGGCUCUAAAGAUGCUGACAUGGAUGUCAUUUGCCGUUGGUCUGUUUCUGCUCGGCUUGUUCCAUCUGUGCCCUGCAACUGGCACGCCCCAGCAAACUCUGGCAGACUGUUUGGAGGACAACGACUAUGAUAAGUUGUUAGACACUGUGAAAACUGGCCUCCCACGCGUCAACACAUCCCAUCAUGUUAUAAUCGUUGGAGCGGGCGCGGCGGGACUGACGGCUGCCAAGCUACUGCAAGACGCAGGACACAAGGUGACUAUUGUAGAGGCCAGUGGUCGUGUUGGAGGACGGGUGGAGACCUACAGGAAUGAAAAAGAGGGCUGGUACGCUGAGUUGGGGGCCAUGAGGAUCCCAAGUUUCCACCACAUUGUCCGCUGGUUUGCUCAAGAACUUGGGAUCAAGCUGAACAAAUUCAUCAUGGAUGACGACAACACUUUUUACAUGGUCCACGGGAUCAGAAAGAGGACAUACAAUGUGAAAGCAAACCCAGACGUCCUGAAGUACAACGUGACAGACAGCGAGAGAGGAAUGUCAGCUGACCAGCUGCUCCAGCGCGCCUUAGAGAAGGUAAAGGAUGAAGUGGAGAAACAUGGUUGUAAAGCUGCCCUUCAAAAGUUUGAUCGCUUUUCUCUAAAGGAGUUUCUCAUGGAGGAAGGUGAAUUGAGUCCUGGGGCCUUGGAGAUGAUCGGGGACUUGCUCAAUGAACAGAGCCUCAUGCAUCUUGCUCUGACAGAGGUGAUAUACGAGCAAAGCAGCGUCAACGACAAAGUAACGUACGAUGAAGUCACCGGAGGGACAGAUCUCUUGACCACAGCCUUCCUCAAUGUCCUCGAUGUCCCCAUCCUCCUUAACUCUACAGUGAAACGAAUCAGCCAUUCAAAAGAAGGAGUAGUUGUAUCCUAUCAGUCAGGUGACCAGUCGUCUCUGACAGAUCUAUCUGCUGACACUGUCCUGGUAACUACCACAGCUAAAGCAGCCCUUUAUAUGGACUUUCAACCACCACUAUCUGAAAAAAAGAUGGAUGCCCUGAGGGGGGUCCACUAUGAGAGCUCCACUAAAAUCCUCCUCACAUUCAGUAAGAAGUUCUGGGAGGAGGACGGCAUCAGAGGAGGGAAGAGCAUCACAGAUGGACCGUCUCGUUUCAUCUACUAUCCCAGCCACAGCUUCCCCAACAAUGAGAACAUCGGGGUCCUGCUGGCGUCCUACACCUGGUCUGAUGACUCCCUCCUCUUCUUGGGUGCAAGUGAUGAAGAACUGAAGGAUAUGGCUCUGAGAGAUUUGGAGAAGAUCCAUGGUAGUCAUGUCAGGGAUCUGUGCACAGGGGUGGUUGUAAAGAAGUGGAGUACAGACCCUUACAGCUAUGGUGCCUUUGCUCUUCUUGCACCCUACCAGCAUUUAGAGUACGCAAGGGAGCUCUUCAGAAAAGAAGGCAGGAUUUACUUUGCUGGAGAACACACAGCGUUCCCCCAUGCUUGGAUCGAGACAGCCAUGAAAUCUGCAAUAAGAGCUGCCACCAACAUUAACAAACAGGUGCAGAAAAAGUCUUUAAAAACUCAACAAAGAGAUGAGCUGUAAGGGUUCAGAGGGUUCAGCUCACAUGAAAAAGGAAGAAUUCCUGUGAUUCCAUAUAACCAAGAAACUAAUUUAGUAAAACUAACAGAGUUUGGUAGGGAAAAGGGUUGCUAGGAAAUCUUGAAUCUUGCUUGGUUGGUAGUACGAUCACUGAGCUGCCAUAAUGUUGCUUCAAUUUUUAAAAAGUUAUGGGACUAUAAAGACAAAAGAAACAACGUAAUGAAAUUAAAUUCAAAGAUUUGUAUAUGUGACACACAGUGGACAACAAUGACUAAGAAUGUAUUCACUCAUCUCUUGGAGACCAAAAAAGUGGAAAAAAAAAAAAAAAGUUUUCAAAAUAUUCACAUUUUUACAAAAACAUCCUUGCACUUCUUUAUCUUUGCUCUAUUUAUUUAAAGCCGUUCCUGUCUGCAGUGACACAGAGGAACACGUCACUGACUCUCUGUCUCUCUUUCUCUCCAUUAUGAGCUAUUCAGGCCAAUCCUUCAUGAUCUAAAUGUUAAGACAUGCACACUUUGGCAAAGUAUGACGUGACGUGAACAGCCUGCUAUUGGUUGUCACAGCCCUUCAUAAUGCAUUGUGAGAAGUCAAUAUGGUGGUUAAUGCUAAAGCUAACAGUAGAUUUGUUUAAAAAAAUGCUAAAAAAAAAAAAUUCAAAUGCCCCGGAAAGUCACCUAAGUUCCAGGUCCACCAGAAAGGCUUCUGAGAGGGCUACAAAAGCAUGGAUGGUGUCAUUAGAAAAACCAACCAGAGGGCUUCCAGAGGGUAAAAAAAUAAGUGGCUACAAUUUAUGGUUCAAAAGUUAUUUAACUCUAAAUAACCUGUGUGUCUCAGAGGGUUAAAACAACAAGAAAUUUGGCCACGUCCAUGCCAGAGAGAUAAGUGCAAAAAUUAAUAUAAAAAAGUUUUACAGCAGAGUAAGAUAAAAGUGCAGUCUAACAAAGCUAAAAAGAUGGUGUUCUUUACAUAAAACGAAUGAAAAACAGUUAUCAUGAGUUGAUUGAAUCAACUAUUUUUGUUUUAUAUUUGUUUUUGAUGUCUUUUGUCUGGGUGUGCCUAGAACUACUGUAUAAAUGUGUACUACUGUCUUUGUUGUUUUUUUUUUCUAUUUCUUUUUUUGCUGAAACUCUCAUCUACACAGAACAUUUACCUUUUUAAGCUUUAAUAAAGAGAACAUGGUCUUAGACAAACAAGCUGGCUUCAUUGCCUUUUUAAAAAAAGCACGAUUCAACUUUCAUCAUCAAAUAAGGUCCCUUAUAUACCAUCAAGUUA